GAGGGGCGCUGAAGCAAACCAGCCCCUUCGGUAAAGGAGGGCGGGCGCCAAACGAAACGCGAGGCCUUGGGGGUAAUCGCCUCCUCAGGAGGAGGUGGCGACCUUCAUCGGCGCUCUGGGGCGGGGAAUAUGACGUCACGCGUCAACCGCACAGACGGAGGGGGCGGGGCUGACUCUGUGGCUCCGCCGGCCCUCCGUGGAGAGAGCGGGUCCUCCUCCCACCUCGUGCUUCGGCGCCAGGUUGGUAAAAGGCUCCUGCGCGUGGAACUGGGUCUCCCUCUGAUUGGAUGGUGUUUGGGGCGCGCGCAUGGGGCAGAGUGCGAGCGGAGGGUGGGUCAUUCCUCCCGCACCCGCUUAAAACGCCCUAAUACUGUGAUGGUCACCUGCGGCGGGUCUCCUCUGGCGCUCGCAAUAUGGUUCCCAGCGGAGUCCUUCCCCGCAACCUUCCGGUCUUGUUAGUGGGAGGGAUAGAGGCAGCGCUCGUAUAGCAUGAAUGCGGAAAGCGGUGUGGGUUUCACCUUUAAUUUCACCUGUCACCUGGGCGCUGUAAGGGAGGGUUUCAGCGCAGUGCUAGGAAGAUACUGAGGCCCUACGGCUCCCAUGAUCCUGGUCGUUUGCCAUGUUUCCUGUAGUUCCUGGGGGUCCCGGAGUCCAGCUUUUUCUCAUCCAAAUAAUACUAAUAUGAUUGGUGCAGGAAUGGCCUGGCCUGAGGGAAAAAAUUCUGCAGUGAAGGAACGAUUGGACCUGUGUUGAGAUAUCCGGCAGUUGUAGGGGGAACGAUCAUGUGAGUGACAGUCAAAUGCAAGAGAGACCAUUAAGGCAGCACUUCUCAAGCUCUUGGAACUGGGGUUCUGCUUCUCAGUUACCGUAAUUCCAUUCCACCCAGCUCAGCGCUGACAAUCUUUAUGCAGGCAAGUGCCUAGUUCUUUCACAAAGCUGUGUUUAUGUGGCCUGAAGCUAGGUAAUAUGGCAGUAGCUCCUCCAUCUGUACAUUGAGCAGAGCCAAGUACAUUGAGCAGUGCCAAGUCUCACCUGCAGGGAUGAGAAGAAGUGGAAAGUGUCAUAUGAGCUUCUGUCACUAUAAUUUCAUCUCCUCACACCUCACAGCAAAGUUGUGCCAUCUACUUGAAGGCAGAGGUGACUGAAAUGCCAAACCUUCACUAGUGGACCCCAGCUACUGUAGGGCCAUCCCCAAAUAAUUUUCCUUUAGGUGCCCUUUGCCACACCACAAUCUAAGAACCUAGGGUCUAAGGAAUACAUUGUGACCUUAUUCAGUCAGAGUACCAUGCUAUUCAAUGUGUUUCAGUGUAUGAUGUGUCUAAUUUAUUAGCCUAUCCUGCUCCUCAGUUGGUGAAACUGAACUAUCACUGUCUUAGUCAUUGGCUGACUCACAGAUUCUGUUGAGUAUAGACUGCACUAUUUACCUUUGGCUGGUUAAAGUUAUGCUACAAGGAAGAAAGAUGCAUCUCCCUGUUUGCCGUUAACCAAAUUUUAAUAUGUUUGAGAACAGAUAUUUUGAUAAGAAUAUUCUGAUCUGACCCCGUGUUUGGCCAUUAUGUUGCUGUGGCGGGUAAAGUAAAUGUACUGCUGCAGUCUUCCUUGCUUGCUUCACUUGAACCUGAGCCUAUGAAUGCAGAACGAGCCCUAUUAUUGAUGUGAUUGACUUGCUGUAGUGCAGAACUGUUUUUAUAAAAUGAUAAAUUGCUCGUCAGAAAGUUGAUGUACUAUAACUCUCUCAUUCAGGACACAGUGAAAAGAUGGCAAGUAAACUACUGAGAUUCCUGGCUAGAUCUUCACACAAAACAAGCAACUGCCAACACUUGCAUAAAUAUGGGCUUUCAGCAUCAAGCAACAAUCUUCAAGGGGUGUCAAGCAAUUCUUUAUUAGCAUGUAGAUCCAUCAGUAUGUGCAUUCCAGAGGCAACAACAUCUUGCUUAAGCAGGCUUUGUGUGCAAGCCAAGAAAUGGCAGAGACCACAAGCUAACGUUCCUACUGCAGCAAAGACUGUGAAUUAUUUGAGUAUGCAUGUUUGUCCUCCACACAGGGAACAAUUUUGUGCUCUUAAAAACACAAGUUUCAAGCACAAUGCAAAGUGUUUGAGAAAAUUUACAGAUAUACCAAAUAGACAUUAUUCAGUUUUAUCAAGUAGUAAAAUUAUGCCAAAUCAACAUAUUUUGCCAGCUAAAAGGCUACCAAAAGCAUCGAGGACCAAGCAGCCAUCUAGAGCUAAUCUGCCACUACCGUCUGAAACUGAGGUAAAGUAUUAAAACUUUGAAGUGUAGUACUUAUAACACUGAAGGGUUAUGAAGACCAGAAUAAUGUUUCAUAACAAGUAUUAUGCAGGAAUGAGAAAACUCCUGUCUUCCUAACAGUACAGGGUAGGCCAGCACAUGAAAGCAUGAACUCUUUCUUGACCGAGUUCCUCAACUUUGGCUGUGUCGAUGACUGCAGUCUAAGGAAGAGCAUUCAUGCACAAAGAUGAGUUUUUCUUUUCUCUUUACUGAAGUCCCUAUGGCUCUUGUCAUGUUACUUCUAUUUUCAUUCCUGCCUUAGUGGUGGCAUUUGAGUGCUGUUGAAGAUAUGUUGCAUCCGUUUUGGUGUGAGGGGGCUUGCUAGGCACAGUUUAAGACCCUCUGUGAAUUAAAAAUAAUAUUCACUUAAAAUGCAUGAUAAAAACCCUAGAUAGAACAAAAAUGAACCUGCUUAAAUUGUGAAAAGAAAACCAGUAUUUGAAUAGAUGUGGCAUUUACCGUAUUUUUCGCUCUAUAAGACGCACCAGACCACAAGACGCACCUAGUUUUUGGAGGAAGAAAACAAGAAAAAAAAUAUUCUGAAUCUCAGAAGCCAGAACAGCAAGAGGGAUCACUGCGCAGUGAAAGCAGCAAUCCCUCCUGCUGUUCUGGCUUCUGGGAUAGCUGCACAGCCUCCAUUUGCUCCAUAAGACGCGCACACAUUUCCCCUUACUUUUUAGGAGGGAAAAAGUGAGUCUUAUAAAGCAAAAAAUACGGUAAAUAUACUCAGCAAGCAACUGCUUCAGGGAUAGGGAGCUGAAUCUGGAUGGUGAUUUGGAUUCCUAAUUCCCUCAAUCCCUGCAGGCCAUCUUGGACAGGUGGGAAGGAGCACCCACUCAUAAUGACAUCAGGUGAUUGGUACCUGUUAAAUCUGAAAGGAGGUAGCUGUAUCUGCCAAUCAACUGAUUGGUGGAUUUGGCAACCUCCUUUGAAGAUGUACUUUCAGCACCAAGCAGCUGAUUGCUCCUUGGAGCGUGUCUUCAAAGAGGCUUGCUGUAAAUACUGAUUGGCUGACUGGCAGCUACAGAGAGCCCCUCUGAAAUCUAUGGGUAAAGUGGGCUUGCUGCUCUCUAGAAAUAAAGAGCAGGAAGAAGGCUCUUCUAACAUCAGAAAUACCCCCUGCCUGCUCUUUAAGAGUAGAAGGCAGCAUUUCUACCUACCUUCAUUCCAGCGCUGAAGUGGGAUGGAGAGAAAUACAGCUGCUUACUCUGCAAAGUAAAAGGCAGUGUUUUCAGCCACCUGGAGUGGACAGACAUGGAAAUGUUGGUUAUGUGGCUGCACCUGUGUGUGCAUGUGUUUAUAUGUGAGAGUGUAUGAAUGCAUAUAUUUCAGAGAGAGAGACAAGAGACCAUCAUGUCUAGUGAGAGUAUAUAUGUGCGUUGUGUAUGUGUGUCUGUGGUGAGGGGUGUGUAUAGAGUGUAUGUAUACAAAUGUGAAUAUGUUAGCUAUGCAUGCCACUGGCAUAUAACCCUUAGAGGGGUGGUUGACUAUCAAUGCAGCUCUUGGGCCAAAGCAGUUUAGCCACUGCUGCACUGUAGAGCACAGCUCUGAAAACCCUAGCUGGCUCGCAGAUGGUAUCAAUAUAGACUAACGAUAAACUAUGGUUACUUUUCUAGUCUCAGUCUAAACCAGGGGUCAGCAACCUAAGGCCCAUAGGCCGGAAGCAGCCCGCAGAGGUCAUUUGACUGGCCCACGAGCCGCCCCCAAACCGAGCUACCUGCUCGCGCACUGCGCUAAACUGGUGCAGCAUGGCACGGGGACUUGCUUCUGCAGCGCCGAAAAUCGUGUCUGUGCAGACGCAGAGGCCAAAAAUCGCACGCACGCGAUCCGGCUCAUGGAGGGAUCACCGUGCGACCGAACAGGCCAGGCAACAUAAACCUUACUGGCCCCUGGUCUAAACCAUUCCUUUUUUAAACAUCUGCAGUGAACCACAUUGUGAAGUAGACAUGAGAAUUGUAGCUGGAAUAUACCUGACAAUAUUUUUUACUAGUCAGCUGAAAUGUGCAAAAAGUGACUCUGAGCACAGGCAAGAAUGCUUUUAUCUUUCCACCAAACCUCUCCUGCCUCAAAGAAGGAGAAGGGCUUUCAUCAGACAGAAGGCUUCCUCCCAGGCUGGAGUCACUGUACUUUCCUAUUUAGAAGCUACACUACCUGCCCCCACUUUCCUUGCGAGUAUCCUCAAUACAGGAACUGAAGAAUACAGACACCCCAUCCAGAAAUAAAAGAAAACCACCAUUCUUUCCAAAUCAAACAUUUUUUUAUAAAAAUGUUUCCCCCAGAGCUUGCCAACUUUUUUUUUGGCCUUAGGCAGUACAUUUUUCUUAAUAAAUGUUUAGGGGUACUCUCAUUUUGACUCAAGAAAAUCACCAUUUUAUAGUUCAAAAUAAAUACAGUAAAUGGACAAAAGUACAAAGAUUUACAAAAUGCUUAGGGGUAUGCGUACCCCCAUAAAAAAAGCACUGGCCUUAGGUAGGUUCUUUUUUUGCUCCCUCCCCCAAAGAGCAUCGUUUUUUUCAUAAUUGUUAUAUAGGGUGAAAUUUCUGUGUAACUCGUGAUGCAAUCUCCCAAGUGCUGCUCCUGGUCAAGUUACAUUGCGACAAGCAUUUGUGUGUACGUGUGUGUGUGUGUGUGUGUGUGCGCAUAUGCAUACACAUAUUGUGCUGUGUGGAAUAUGCUCUUAAGUAUCCAUGUCACUGAAAUGCAGGUUGGUUUUUGAAAACACUGAUGUUUUAAACACCCAAAACGUUUGGGGGGUUGUAAUUACACACAAAUAAAUGUUUUGCAGACACCUUUUCUGUUGCUGUGGUUUUUUCCAUCUCAAAAAUACAGGGCAAAGUGUCAGACAUGGUGAAAGGGUAGGUUACUUCAGUGAAAGCUGCCACAUGGAAAAACCUUGUGCCAGAGAUUGCACUGACUCAGACUAUAGUACAUAAAAACAUUUGGAGUUACAAAAUUGUCUCUUUCUUUGAUGCAGAGCACCACCUGCUGGAUGUUAAUGUUGGAUUUUUUGCAAGGGCAAGUGUUAAUCUUGACACACACCAGAUAGCAAAACACUUGUCAGUAACAAUUUUUUUUAGAUUAUAUGAAGUGCUGAAGUUAACCAAAAAAUACUUUAUUCCAGUUACAGAAAAUGAGAGUAAUCUUUAUAAUGCUGCAUUUUUAAGGGGAGAGAAAGAAGGGGAUAAAACGUUUGGGCAGUAAUUUACUCAAGUACUUCACUUGCAGCCUGGUUUUAUUUAUUUGGAAUUGAAUCCUACAAAAUCUGUUGGGCUUGCACCCAACUAAGUUUGUAUAGGAUCAUAGCCAUAUUGCAUUUGAGUCUUUUGCAUCUUUUACACCCUGCAAACUCCAGGAUGCUUCCAAAGGGUCUUGUUCAACAGGCAAAAUGAAUAAAUAAGCCUAUUGCAAGAUCUUACACAUGGAAUCUUAUACCAUGGUAUUCAUGAAAGGCUUGCAGUUUGAAACUUAAUUAUAGGAUUUGUGAAGCACAGUGAUUUUACCUAUUAGCAAAAAUCCUAGGAUAGGUCUCCUAGUAUUUGUGUGACAUUUGCAUUUUGAUACCAGGGGUCAUAGAACAGUCGAGUGUAUCACAGUGCUGGUGAAUAAGCCAAAUAAAUGUCCUCUAAAUAUAUCACUUGAUUGUUUUCUUAAACUAAACUUUGUUCCUUUGGCACAGGAUCUGAUGCAGUGCACAGCCUUUGCAACAGCAGAAGAAUAUAAUCUUGGUACCCUAUGCCAUGAUCUGACGUCAUAUGGCUAUGUUGAAAUAACAACAUUACCUAGAGGUAGACCUCUGAACAGUUUGCCCCUCUUCUGUUGAAUGCAUGGAACACAGUUCCUCUUAGUAAUAAAAUUGCAGUGUUUAUAUCAACUGUGGAAUAAUGAUUAUCACCUUGUAAAAUUCUCUUUCAAAACUUUCUGAACAGAAAUGCACCUUGAAACAUGCUCCAUUGCAUGCUGUAAUGUGGCUUAGCUGCUACUUCACCAAAAGCAUGCCUAUUUAAUCUUUCUGAUGCUUUGAAAUGAGACAAACACUUUAAAUACUCAGAAGCACAUUGGCAAAACAUUUUCCUAUGACCUGUUCUUUGUGGUAAUCCUCUCCACUUUCUUGUAUAUUUUCUGAUAUUGUUUAAAUUCAUAAGAGCAAUUUGGUAGGCAAGCAUUGUACAGUAAUUCGAAGAUAUUAUUUAUUACAUGAGUAAACUGAGGAAGGGCCUCGUAUAACGGCUUAUUGGUUCUUAAACUGAACAUAAAUUGUCACUCUAGAUCAGAGGGUAAAACAAUACCACUGUUGAACAUACUUUUAUUUGCAGAUGUUGACAGCAUUUCUUUUCAUCAAUGCCUGUAGAUCUUUAAUCUGAAAAUAGCACUUGUACACAUGUACAAGUGAAAAGAAAAAGUUGCCAUGUGUAUUCUGCAUGCAAUAGAAGUACUCCUAUUCACAUCACCAGCCAUCCUAGAGCAUGAAUUCUGUAAUGCUUUUGGAAGCGCUGUACUGCAAACUUCCUGUGCUGUGCUAUAUAGUGCUAAAGGGCUUGAGGCUUAGGUGUGGAGCUGUAUGAGUACUUCAAACCCCUAAUUCUGUUUUCAGUAUACAGUGGUACCUCGGGUUACAGACGCUUCAGGUUACAGACUCCGCUAACCCAGAAAUAGUACCUCAGGUUAAGAACUUUGCUUCAGGAUGAGAACAGAAAUCGCGCAGCGACGGCGGGAGGCCCCAUUAGCUAAAGUGGUGCUUCAGGUUAAGAACAGUUUCAGGUUAAGAACAGACCUCCAGAACGAAUUAAGUUCUUAACCCGAGGUACCACUGUACUAGGAACUGUUAUGGACUCAAGCAGGCCAAAUCUCUCUCUCCCCACAUCAGCAAGUGGUAUCUUUAACAUUUCAAAGGUUCUGAAAUAGGACUACAGUGGUACCUCUAGAUGCGAACGGGAUGUGUUCCAGAGCCCCGUUCGCAUCCAGAAGCGAACGCAACCCGUGUGUGUGUGGGUCGCGAUUUGCCGCUUCUGUGCAUGACAUCAUUUUGACCGCAGCACGCAACCCGAAAAUACUUACCCUGAAGCUACUUCAACCCGAGGUAUGACUGUAUAUUAAAUGGAUACAUGCAAUGCAACCCAGUAGUUUUACUUAGAUGUAAUCACCACAGUUCUCAGUGGGGUUUAGCCCAGAUAAUUAUAUGUGGGGUUGUAGGGUAAAUGUUUUACAGGGUUUUAAACGCUGUUUCUGUGUCUCAGAAUAUGAUUCCAAAUCUGCUUUCUUUUAAACAAGAUGCAUCAAAUGUUUUGGUGAUUGGUACAGAAAGCUCAGCGAAAGAAUAUGAUCCUGGAAUAAUUUUUUUCUUCAGGUAAACAAUGCCCAGCAAUAAAGUGCAUGUGAACUAAAAAAAUUAUUGUAACACAAAAUGAUAGGUUUUAUUGCUUAGCUUGAUAGCAACUCUGGGACUUGGCUUCAAAAGGCCUUAACCCCCAAGCAAGUACAGAUCUUUCCUCCUCCCUCUUUGCUGUAAUGAAGGAGGCUGGGGUGGCAGCGCUUCCCUAAGGCCAUCAGCUAUACACAAACUCCAGAGUAAUUCCCAAUGAGUACAGGGGCAAGGACUGACAAUUGCAAUUUCAUGGCUUUCUAGAUAUGUAUAGAAUUGUACUAUGUGAUGGCCAUCCUCUGCACUCUUUAUAUUUUUUUGAGAAUAAAUAAAUUCAACCAUUUAAAAGUUUUUUAAAGCUAUUUAAUAUUUUCUGAACCCUCAUAAACACACCAUCACCAUAGUAAUUGGUUAAUUGAUCACACGAAGCCAGAUAACUAAGAUUUAAAAUUUUGGAUGAGUUGAGGACUGUAUGUUUAACAGUCUAUUUUCAGUCUGCGUCAGUUUCACAUCAGUACAGUCAUAAAUUGAUUCCAUGCUGUUUCUGCCUUAUUCUGGGUUUUUUAAAAGUCCAUUAAAAAUUGUAUUUAUGUACUUAAUUUUUAAUCACAAAAUAUUAUUUAAAUAUGUAUUUCCCCCUCAGUGUAUGGAUCUGUAUGUUUCUGGGCCAAGUAUUGCCACUAAAAUCUUAAAGUAUAAUUUUGUUUUGAUUGUGUAUUAAUUUGGGUGUGAAUUAUGUCAGUUCACUUAAAGUGGAACAAACUAAAUUCUCCAUCCUUAUUUAGAAUAGAGUAUUUAUUCUUGCCAAGAAAUACACAUGUAAGCAUGAAACAUAAUCUGUGCUGCUAACACCACCUUGAAAUUCUGUUCAUACAGGGAAGGAUCUGUUGUGUUCUGGAAUGUUGAAGAAAAAACAGUAAGUGGAAGCCAAAUUUUAUGAGGUAAACUCCAUUGGUCUUUGCAGUUCCAUAAAAUAAAAUGGUUUGGCUAGAUUUAAGUGUAGAUUUAGCAAAUGCUAUUAAUGUAUCUUUUUACAUUUUACAGUCUAAUUUUUCAGUUUUUUAAAAAAUUGUAUAUGAAGGGCAGUGGGAGUUUUUGUCCCAGGUCUUUUGAUGCUUUUAUUUUUUUUAAAAAAACUAAGUUAUUCACAAUGAUGUAUUUCUGCAAGUUGUUAUUUGAGAAUAAAGACAAUGUUGUCAGUGUAGAAAAUUGUAGGAAAUCGAUGAGAUGAGACAGAAGAUAUUAUGGGCUGUGGCCAUGUGCAAAGUAGAGCCAGACUCUGAGAGGAGUUACAUUUUGCCUUUGCAAACACAGUCCCACAUCUGCGCCUAGCAAAGUAACAGAAGUGUGGUGUCAGAGGUUGCUUGUAGGGGAAAGUAGUAGGAGGCAGGGAUGCUUAAGCCCUCUCACACCUACCAUUUUAGCCUUCCUUCACACACCCUCCUCUUUUUAAGGUUUAUUCCUCUAUGCCUGAGACCAUUUUUGGGGGGAGGGAUUGAGAGAUGGGAAGUGUGAAGCAUCUCCUCUCCUAGGUCAAUUCUCCCUUUGUAAGUAUGCCUCUCUCUGCCCUUGUAUUUGCAUUGUAAGGAAAAGCUGGAGUUGUUUUCCUUGUGAUGUGCAGUUCCACCCUCCCUCUCCAUGGUAUUUCAAAACUGGCUGAAGGCACCAUGACUGUUAGCCUGCAGGUUUAUAUGAUGACCUCCUAGCAUUUGCCAGCAAUUCUAAUAUGCAGGAUCUUUUCUAGAUGAAGAGUAUCAUGCAAAUGCUGGAAAGGCAUGAAAUUCAGCCAUACGAAGUUGCGCUUGUUCACUGGGAAAAUGAAGAGAUGAACUACAGAUUAGGAGAGUAAGUGUUUGUAUGUCAUCAAGUGCUAGUUUCUGUGCAGUGUAGCUUCUUGCAUAUAUUUGUUUCCUGAAAACAUUGCUAAAUAUUUACACUACUCUGCCAGCUUGUUUAGACCUCCCAUAAUCUUUGUAAUAAAGCUGCAUUUGCAAUUCCUUUGCAAAGUAAGAAAGUAUUGCCAUUGCCAUCUUUGAGACAGGGAGCACAAAAAUAUUCUUAUUUAAAUAAUAAUAAAAACCUUUAGGGAACUGGGGACCACUGCCUCUCGUAAUGAGGUACUGUAUUAAUAACUUCAUUGGUCCCUUUAUAAGCCACAAGGGACAUGGAUCAGCAAGCGAUUGCACACAUCCAACCAGUAUCUUCAGUCUGCACCAACUGACACCCAUUCCAAGAUAAAUUAACCUUAAGAAUCACCUGCACUAACUUAAGAGAAAGUAAUGGUGGAUGCAACUGACCUCAGAAAGGAAUUGCAAUGGGCCACUGAGAGUUCUGUCGUCUCAGUCGGCCAGCAUAUAUACUUGGCCCUUUAAAAAAAAUAAUCCCAAAUAACUUGCUAAGCAGCUUUUGAAACUCCCUGUUCAGGUGAAGAGCUUUUCUUGUUUGACAAAUAGAGUUGAAAAAGAAGCUCAACAAGUCUGAAGUUUUCUUCCAUUAUCUGUGACGGGAACUAAGCAUGUUCUUAGGUGCUCUGAUUUGUUUUUGUUUUUAAAGUAUAGAAUAGCUAGUUCCUAUGUGUCAUGGAUUCAUACUAGGCAUAUUCUGUUUUGAUGCAUGUGGUCAAUUAAAGUAUUCCUCUUGCUCUUUACAGAGCACAGUCAAAGCUUCAUAGAGGAGAAAUCCUGAUAAAUUCGGAACUAGAUCCUGAUGAAAUUACUCUAGAGAAGUUUGCUUUUUCAAAUGCUCUUUGCCUUUCUGGUAAGUGAUAUAUUGCAUCAGGCUUUCUAAGCAGCAUUUUGCAUCAGAAUUUGGGAUGUGUAGCAUGUGCUGCGAAAAACUUUCCCCCAAAGUGUUACCUAAAAUGUGUGUGUGAGGAUAGCUUGGGAAUGUGCACCAGAGAUAAAUUCUGUAUAGUAGUAUUACUUCGGCAUGAUGCAAAGAACUUGAAGUGAACUUCAGAGAUCAUUACAGAGGUACACUGAUAAAGUAUCCUUAAAAUGUGUGUUGCUGUGUCUGUUUUGGACAAUUCCUUCUUGAUAUCAAAUUCAAAUGAUAAGCAAUUUCUUGAGUUACUUCUGGAGUUCAGUGCCACUUAAAGCAAUUCAGCUUUGCAGGAAGUAGCCUAAGGCUAAUAAUUUGUGGUGGGGAGGAUUUAGAUUGGGAGUUUAGCACCUGUUACCUGCUGUCACUUCUAGAAUAAAACCUGGACAUCCCUACUCCAUUGCUGUUUUAAAGUUUGUUUUUAAUUCCUAACAACUGGGAAGUCUGAUUGCAAGUCUCCCACCUGACAUCUGUUUUGGCCCUCAACCAUGCAUUUUUUAGGUUCCUUGUGAAGACAUCAUAUACCAUAUUUUUCCAUGUAUUGGACGAGGUUUUUUGACUCAAAAAUCAUGUUAAAAAAUUGGGGUCAUCCAAUACACGGAUAGUGGCAUAUGGGGGGGGGGAGCAGCGUGCUACCAGCCAGCCAGUCGGCAGGAGCGUGGCUUCCCCCAAUGCCGCAGCGAGCGAUCUGGGGGGUGAUUCCUGCCCGCAUCUGCUGGGGGGGGGGGAGAGAAGCUGCGUGCAGCCAGCCAUCCGGUUGACGGGAGUGCAACUUCCCCCGAUGCUGCUGCACAUGGUGGGUGCUCCCUGGGUCAUUUCCCGUGUGCGGCGGCAUUGGGGGAGGUUGCACUCCCGUCAACCGGAUGGCUGGUGAGAGUGCAACUUCCCCUGAUGCCGCUGCACGUGGGAAACGAUGCAGGGAGUGUUUCCUGCCUGCAGCUGUGUAGGGGGAGAGGCUCAACAACUUUGGGCCAUCUCCCCUUGUUUUCCUAAAAUUGAGUCCCCAAAAAUGGGGGGGGGUUCCUUAUACUUGGGGGUGUCUUAAAGACGGAAAAAUACGGUAAUUGAAAGUAGGGACUUGGUUUUGUGAAAACAUUAAAGGGUAGUGAACUUGAAUAAUAAAUCUCUUGUACUUUUCCCUAAUGUAGUGAAGCUGGCAAUUUGGGAAUCAUCAUUGGAUAAUUUUGUAGAAUCUAUCCAGUCAAUACCUGAGGUAUUCACUACUUCAUUGGUCUUACGUACUAUUAUUAAAUUGAGCUAUUUGCAACAUAUAUUCGCUCUUAACGUCUCACUACUCUCUUUUUAACAGAUACUAAAGUCAAGAAGGAAGGUGAAGCUCUCUCAUGCUGAUGUGAUGCAGAAAAUUGGGGAAUUAUUUGCGUUGAGGUAUCUUCAUUAAAACAAGGAAACUUAACUUUAUUCCCAGGACACUUCAUUGUUAUUUAUUUCAAUUAUAAAUAGAUUCCCACAAGGCAUCCUGAAGACGUUUACAGUAUAUUUUGAUCCUUCACUUCCAGCCACCUUCGUUUUCUACUCCCUGCCUUCACUACCAACACAGUUAUUGGUUCCCUUUUAAGAAGCAAAACUUCCUAUAGAAAUCUAGCAUCAUCUUUUUAAAGAUAUCCUAAGCUCACACCCAAAGUCAAGCCUACUAAUUGCAAGAGGUGGAUCAAUUUAGGGCACCAAGGAUUAGAAACAAAAAUGUUAAAUACAGUGGGAGAGCACAAUGCAGUCAUGUCUCUUCCUACACACCCCAGUUAGCACCAUAUUAUCUAAACACUUGGAAAUACGUACCCUGUUAACUGGUGUUUAUUAAACAUGAAACUAGAAUCUUCAGUUGAAUGGAAAUCUUAUUGAAUAACAUUAUGGAUUUAUUGUAACAGUUUUUAAGAGCUACAGUGUACGGUGCAGCUGCAUUUAAGCCUUCAUAUGUGAUAAGAGCAUAAGCAAGUGUGUCUGUUAUAACCUUGACAAGUUCUGUAUUUUCCCCAAAUCCUGUUUCUAGGAAUGUCUGUAAUAGACCUGUAUGAUUUGUGAAGGGUAAUGGUAAAUAAAGCUUAGAUCAGCUGCUGAGAGCAGGGAAUCUCUUUUUGUUUAGAGAUGGGAGAUAAGCCCUAAAUCCUUUAAUCAUAAGAAUUUAGAAGUACCACUGAGAAGUACUAAUCAUGAGAAGUCCUGCUGCAGGAACAGGUCUUAACCAGAGAGCAGGAUUGUUUCCAGAUCUUAUUGGUAGGAUAGUGUAGUCAAGGGAAAAAAGCGGUUCAGUAACAAACAUACUUGUUUGUUCAAAAAUAAUGGGUGGAAUUCAAUGUCCUGCUAUUCCAAAAGUUCCAUCUGCGCAAGUGUAUCAGUGUGCCAGACAGAACAAUUUCCAUGUGCUGUUCUGAAGCUUCUCCUGCGCCAAUGGGGGGGGGGGGGCGUGGGGGGGGAGCCCUGUUGUGGAACCCCUUCUGCAGGACUUCCACUGACAGGAUUCAUUAGGUGAAUCCUGCCCAAUUUCUUAAUUAAAUUUGUACCUUUUUAAAGUAAUUAAUAUUUACUUUUUAAAUUUAUAGUCCAGGCUUCCUCUCAAAGAAGCCCAUAAGGGAAUACGAAAAUCAUCACUUUGUUUUGAGUGACCAGUAUAGCCUUCAUAGAGCCUUCAUGGUUUGGCACAAAAAGGAGCCUGAAAUACCCCUUUUUCACUGUGAUAAAAUCAUAUUUUCCUGGUGUGAGGCACACCAUAGGUUGCCAUUUUGUUGGUACUGGAAAAUUAUUAUUUUUCUUCAAGCAAGUGAAGCAGCUGUAGCAUGUGAUAGAAAAAUGGAUUGUGUAAGCCUGAGAGUUUUCCAGUGCUUAUUCAUUUUGUGUCAAACCAUGGUUUGGCAUUACAUCUGAACUACCUAGGUAUAAUUAUUAACUCAGAUUAGGAGGGAAGAACCACCCAUAAUUGCUCUGAAUCUAUGUAUUUACCUACCUUUCCUCAGGCACCGCAUAAAUCUGAGUUCCGACCUGCUGAUGACUCCAGAUUUCUAUUGGGAUAGAGAGCAUCUUGAACAGUUAUAUGAUAAAACUUGCCAGUUUCUCAGCAUUAAUCGCAGAGUUAAGGUAGGCACACAAUUCCAGCUUUCCUGCCUCAGCGAAAACUUCAGUUUUUGCCAAUUGUUCACAGAUUGGUUCACCUCAAAGAAGUCUUAAACUUUUCAUCCUUCUCCAUUUUCUUCUUCUGUUUUCUUGGUCAUCUUGGUCGUGUGUGCCACCUUGGGCUUCUUGGAGGAAAGACAGGACAUAAAUUUAAGUAAAUAAAGGCACUUGAUGUGUACAAGUAUUUCAUUGUUGAUGAGCAAGAAUAUGGGCAUGGACUCAAAGUGACCCAUGUGUAGUUAGAAGAUACUUCUGCCUAGUAUUGGCGGGGGGAUUGUUGAUUCUUCCCACUUCACAGGGUGUAUACUACCCUCUUUACAGGCCAUUCCAGAGGGUCCACCAAAUUUUGGGAGCAUCUUUUCCAGGAGCAAAGGGCUUCCAUGGGGCAGUGCACAUGCAGAACAUUACAUGGUUUGGGGCUUCAUGCCAUUAAUUUUAAACAAACAAAAAAACCCAAUCCCAGUAGUAAACUGGUAUUCUGUUUGCUUUCUUAGCAAGGUGAACUAUUUGGAAAUCUUAUUCUCUCUUUCUCUUGGGUAAUAUGUCCAGUUUUUUUCCAUUCCUACUCAGAGCUGGCUUGCUGGUAUUGUAUUUAAUUUUGUUAAUUACAGUAUAGUUUUCUCAUAUAGCAAACUCAUCCCGCGUUAUAGUGGUACCUCGGGUUAAGAACUGUUCUUAACCUGAGGUGCCACUUUAGCUAAUGGGUCUCCCGCCGCCACUGCACGAUUUCUGUUCUCAUCCUGAAGCAGAGUUCUUAACCCAAGGUACUAUUUCUGGGUUAGCGGCGUCUGUAACCUGAUUCCCACGAAGCCAGGUUUUCUCUCCUAAAGGAUAUUAAUCUGCUUAUCACAAUGAAUCUUUUGACAAUCUAUUAACUGCUGUUCCUGCUGAUAGGUGUGGUUCCAUAGCUGCCUGUGAAAACUCUGGCAGGCCUGUACAAGUCUUACAUUAGUGAGUUUCUCUGAUUCCUAUGUGGCUGGUACUUGGUUUGAAAAAGGGUCUCCAUUGGUAAGAACUAGGAGCUGUAUUAUAUAAACAAGGUCUUGAGGAAGUGCUGAUUUUUGCCCUCCAGGUGAUAAGAGUCCAAAAUUGCACUCUUUUUGCUAAAAUGCAUUUGAAAGGGACAUCAUUUUGAAAAUAUGUUGCAGUUAGGGCAGUCCAGCUUGAUUGUCACUUGAUUGAACAGACAGGAGUGUUUGAUGGAGAUAUGAGAGGAAUGCAGUCAUUUCUAAUUCAUUCUUCAUGGUUUGCAGCUAUCCCAUGCUUAUGCACACAUGCAUGUAGGGGAGGAGAAAUUAUAGUUCAGUUAAGUCUAUGGGAAUCCUUUACAAGUUGACGCUUUGCACUGGAUUGAGUUGGAUUUUGCCUUCAUCCUCCAUUACUUAAACCCAAAACUUUAGAAACUGUUCAAUUUUAGUAACUAUUAAUGAACAAAGUUCCGGCUGAUGUAGUCAUUGUGGUCUACAUUUGUAAACGACAGUUCAAUAAAUCUGCUAACACUGAGAUGUCAAAACUCCUAAUGCUAACUUUAUGGUGUUGGGUGCUCUGCUGCAUUCAUUGAUAGAAACAUCAGUUCUGAUAUAGUUCAUCAAACUUCAGUAUGUUCAUUAAGCCCCAUUCAGUGGAUAAGCUGUUUAGGUAAGAAUACCUUGAACAAGUUGUUUACCCAAGGAUUUCUGAAGUAUCAGUUCCUCUAUUGCAGGUGGUGAAUGAAAAGCUCCAGCACUGCACAGAGCUGACAGAUUUGAUGAGAAAUCAUUUGAGUGAAAAACAUGCUUUGCGUUUAGAGUGGAUGAUAGUGAUACUCAUCACCAUAGAGGUAAGUCUGCAACAAUGUGCUGCUGUGCAGUGUUAGUAUGAACUUAACAGCUUUGUUGAAACAAACAUGUAUUGAGCUCUUUCCUUGUGAGUACAAUCAGUAUAUCACUUCCUAUAAUGUUAGCAAGUUCACUGAAUCACGUCUUGAUAUAAUUUCAAUUUAAUUAAACAUGAUGAGGGAAAGUUGGGGAGAAGUUUGUAAAUAUCCUCGAGGAAUUUAUGUAGAUAUAGCACUCUCUAGUGUUCAAAAUGGUUCACACACAUUAUUUUGAUGAUUCUGGCAACAGAACUAUAAAGUAGGCCAGUAUUAUCCCUAAAUCAUAAAUGCCGAACUGAAACUGAGAGAAUAGGGACUUUGAUUAAAUGAGAUUUGAACAAGCAACUUGGCCACCACGCUGCACCAGCAUAAUUUUUACCCAUAUGUAAGAAGAAGAAAUCAAAAUUAGUCAUCUAGGACGUCUUCACAUCACAAAAUUCCAUCAUGGGAUGGUAUGUAACCUGCAUGUAGUUCAAGUGCCAAGCGUAUUCAUGGCUUUCUGAGUUUACAUGCCCUGAAAGCCACAAGUUACAUUGUCUACACUGUUUUUUAUGUCACAUGAUGCAUUUCUAAAUUAAGAAUGCAUAUUGAUCUGUAAUUACCUCCUUCCUGUGUUACUGGAAUUUGUGUACUUUUUAUUUCGCAAACUACAAAUGCAUUUGGUUUCUGGGGGCAAUCAACAGCAGUUACACCUGUUAAGUCAAGCAAUGGCUGGAAACUGUUCUCUCCAGUUAAGGAACUGCUAUGUACAAAAUCAGAGCCCCAGUCAGUCUCCACACACUGAGGUGCAAGUGCGAGAGCAAAGCAGAAGACUUUGAAUAGCAAUUCAAGUAGUACCUGCUGAUGAAAGUGACCACCUUUUAAGUCAGUAUCUGAAAGAAGGCUGUUAUCCUGUCAUCCUAUCCCCUCCCCACCUGUUUCUUUAGCUUUCUAGCCACCAGGCUUAUAUGGGUGAGUGAGCAACAUUAGAAUCUUCCGUCACUUAUGAAAAUGUUAACCACCCCUUUGCCUUUAGCUGCUGAACAGAUUGCUUGUGCUGGAGUAAGGGGCCCUAUUUGUAUUAGUUAGCAUUAGGGUGUGUGUUUUUUUAAGUGUGGUUUUAAAUACCACUGUAAGGAAGAGUUUGGAUCGGUUGACUUUCAUUACCAAUGAAAACACUUGGGAAAAAAUAUAAUAAAAUUCUAUUUCUUUUGCAGGUCAUGUUUGAACUUGGCAGAGUUCUUUUCUGAUAACUUGUGAAUGAUAAGAGAAGUUUGAGAAGAUUGUGAAGAUAAUCCCAACAGCCUUGUGUUUGCUGGACUUCAACUUUAUUCUUCACACUUCUGAAAAGUUCAGCAAGUGUUAUAAUAAAUGUAUGGACACUUGCUGCUAACGAAACAAUUGAAUUCACUGAGAUUAAACCAAAGCUUGAAUUGGGGAUUGUUUCCAAGAAAUCAUGAUUCAGAGUAUAUUGAUCCUUCUUUAAGAUAUUGUACCUUUGUUUAGAAAGCAGACAACCAAAGACUGGCUUACUAAAGCUGUACCCACACUUGCAGUUUUAUUAUCUGCUGUAUAGCAGGAAAUUAUGUAAUGAUGCAGUAGUCUGUGCCAUGUAAAAUAAGGCUUUUAUAUGGGUUAUGUCUCACUGUGUGGUGCGUAUUUUGCCACAACUGUGACACAUUUGCCAGAAUUGAGGGAAGCGCUUCCAGUAUUGUACUACUGUGUAUGUGGGGAAUAAGUUAUCCAUAGAAAAAUAAGUGUGUUGGGAGAAAAAUAGGCUGAACUCUUCUCCCAAACAUGCUAAUUUGUUUUGUGCAGUUUUUUAAAUAGGGAAAGAUUUAAACAUGUUUUCCCCCGUCUGCAGCAUACGUAGGAACAGCUCAGGAAAAACAUGUCCAUGUUACACUGCCAAGUAUAAACUGGCUCUUGGCCUGGGCCAGAAGUAGGAGCCCAAACUGAUGAACUGGUUCAGUCUUGAAACUGAAUCCAUAAACAGAAAAACCAGUAACUGUCCCAGGAAGUUAGGAGAUUCUUUUGAGGAUGAGAGAGCAUUUGUCUCUUCUAACUCUAGAGACAUGGACAAAAGAGAAUGUAUUUUGUAGGAAAUUGGAAAAAGGACUCAGAAAGUAAGUUAUCCUGCAUUUAUCUCAACUCCCCACACCAAGCACAAACAGUUUCUUUCUGAUUAGUUAUUUCGCUGUCCUGAUCUAAAUAAACCAUAUUCAAAUUUGGAAUGACCCCAAAAUUUCUAUCCAGAUGAUGCACUAAAUAUGACGGUCUCUUCAAUCAGAAGCACCUAGCUAGUUCAGAUUGACUUUAACCUACUUCUCCAAGGAGCAACAGUUAUCAAGUUUGCUUGUGGGAGAUUUCAAGCGGGACUAAUAAAUGUGUAGGCAUAAAUUUCAUCAAAAUGUUUACAGAUGUCUUAGUCCUACUUGAAAUCUCCAACCAACAGGCUUUGUCAAAAUGAAAACAUGGGAAUAGGGUUUUCUCCACUGUGGCACCCUAUGGAUCUUCUCCUAAGAGUUAGUUUCCCUGCACAAAUAUCAUUCCACUGACAGCUAAAGGCCUAUUUGUUUAUCUGGAUCUUUGGGGAAGGGUGAAAAUGGCUGAUGACAUGUUCUUCCUUGUCUGUACUGUGAAUUAUGUAUUUUAAAUUGUUUUGCUAAUACUGUUUUGUAUCCCUUCAAGAUUUUAACUGCCUAUCUAUUUGUUGCCCUGGGAUCCUAAAGGAAGUGCGUGGUCAAAUUAUAGCCAAUAGUAAUAAAAUAUUUCAUCAUCUUUUCCCCCCGUCAAUAGUUAUC